CCCUGCUUUUUGUCUCCCAAAUGGUUCACUCCAAACAAAGCCGUGAGCGCGUGAACGACUGAAUUGAACUCGAACUGCUGGAUUGAACGGAAGCGGGUUCGGUUCAGUACCGGUCCCUGUGGGGAAACUGUCAAACCAUAUCAAGAUUUAGAGCAAAGGGAAAUAUACAUUUUUGUUGGUUUCUACAAACGCUAGCGCGUUUGUUUGGUUCUACCCAGUGGUUGUGAAAGAUAGGUUUGGAUAAGGAGGAAUUCACCUGUUAUGGUUCUCCUUAAUGGGAAUGCUUGUUCGUCUCGGCUUAAGGGCUUGUUAUAUUAAAUGAAAGACAGGUUUACUGGACACUGAAAAUGAUGCUGCGGUUUAAACUCGAAUAGAGGAGGACAUUUCUACUCCUGGAUGAGCGCAGGAGCUGUGGGAAGUGGCCAUUGCUGCCAGGAAAACCUGCACUGUGCUGACUGCUACAGAAUAAGGAGACAACGGUAUAUAAAGCUGCUCCUUUAUCUUUGUCACUCGCCCGCCCGCCUGCCUGCCUGCAGCGUCUGCCUGAAAAACUGUAGUGACUCUUCUUGAAUGGGAAAUUCCUUUUGAAUUUUUCUGACCUUACUCUUCCCUCUCUUGCCAUCUCUGCCUACCAUAAAGUCCCCAACGUGACCCUCAUGAUCAUCAUGUCCUCUGAGGCACAGAUUCUGGCCUUUAAACUCGCCCCACCGGCUCAGGGUGGGAACGGAGACAGUCUUUUUAGCUGUGACGAGGAGAUUGAGCGGCGCUAUGAAGUUGUCCCUUCUGUUGUCUGCUCCAUGUGCUGCCUCUUUGGCAUCAUUUAUUGCUUCUUUGGCUACCGCUGUUUUAAGGCUGUAAUGUUCCUGACCGGCCUGAUGUUCGGCUCCAUCAUUAUUUUCAUGCUGUGCUACAAGGAGCGAGUGAUGGACACUCAGCUGAGCGUGGAGGCCAGUGUGGGAAUUGGGCUGGGCAUCGGAACGCUGUGUGGUUUAGUUACCAUGCUGGUGCGUAGUGUGGGGCUCUUCAUGGUGGGCCUGCUGCUGGGCUUGCUGGUGGCACUGGCCUCAUUGGUAGUGCUGGAAGAAUUCUACCAUCCUCGUACGGUGUGGCUGCCACUGGGUGUACUGCUAGGUUCAGGCAUGCUGUUUGCUGUGCUCACUCUGCAGUGGCAGCGCUGCUUCACUACACUCUCCACGGCUGUGUUCGGCUCAGCCAUUGUCACCGUCACUGUGGAUUAUUUUGUGGAGCUGUUUGCACUCACGCGCUACAUCUAUGAAAGGGUGAAGGUGGCACCGCCUCAGCCUGUCUGCUGGUACACGUGGGUGGUGAUGGGCGUGUGGCCUGUGCUCGCCCUGCUGGGAGUCCUUAUUCAGUGGAAGGUGACUGCAGAUGGAUACUCACACACUGAAGUGUUCAUCAGUCAUCAGCAGAGGCGGCUGCAGCUGAUGAAGAUUCGCCAAAAAGAGGAGAGACGAGAAAGCAGGAAAAAGAAGCAGAAACAACAACAGAAACCCCAACAGCAGCAUCAGCAUCAGCAGCAUAAGCAGAAACAAAAGUACCACCAUCCUCCCCAGUCUAACCCUCAUUCCACCAACCCUCCUGCAAAAGUCCAGCAUCAAGAACCCACAUAUCGCAGGAAACCCAACCCCACACGACGCUAUGAUGGAGAUGUACUCUCGCCGAGCUACAUUCAGCAUUUCCGGGACAGACACGUGGACAGACGUGGCUACUCACACGGCAGGUUGAUUAGCAGCUCUCAUACAGUGGAUAUAGACUAUGACUGCGGCUCUCAGGUCCCUCUGACCGCUCAUACAGGACCUGCAGUGAGGGUGUGAUCAUGCCCCCUUGUGUUCAGUGGCGUUGUUCCAACCAGGCCUGCUCCUGUGCAGUCCUCAGUUCAGAGUCUGAACGGAGAAGAAGAGUUUAUACAGUGGACCCACAUGCCGUGGCUCUGCUUUGUUGUGUAAUAAGUGAUGCACUGGGGAGGAAUGUUUUUGCCAACAACCUUAUUCAUCAGGGCUCUGACAGGAAAUAGUUUCUCUCUUUCUAGAUUGAAAUUGUGUACUACUGAGUAUGUGCGUGUGUGUGUGUGUGUGUGUGUGUGUGUGUGUGUGUGUGUGUGUGUGUGUGUGUGUGUGAGUGCGCACACCUGGCCCUCCAUGGUUCCCCGGAUCAUUAUUUGACUGUACGCUGUCCCUUGGCAAGUAGAAUGAGCUCAUUACUUGUAACAGUCCUUUUUAAACAGGGGACAUUAUUCAGACUGAGCACUGGACCAAAUGUGGCUCUGAAGCCUACCCAUCACACACAAAUCAUACUAGUUUCCGAACAAAACAGCAUGUCUAACAGCAGACAUUAUAACUCUUCCUUGCAGGAGGGAAAUAUGCCCAGUUAUGGGGAUGCACUCUAUUCACCGGAAAGUUGUUUACAGUACGGAAGAGGCCAUAGGUACCUUUUACCGGAGCAGAAAACUGUGAGCUUCAUUUGUCAGGACUAAUGGCCCGAUUCUGUGCACUUUUCCAAUGAAAGGAUCUUACAGUUCCUUUACUGAGACAUAUACUGCCAAGCAUGUCAAGUACUUGCUGGUGUUGGAUUACCUCAUUCAGGUGAUGUUGGGUGAAUAAGGCAACAUUUUUCAUUGUUGAAAUUAAGACUGAAUUUAGCUCUCAUUAUGUCCCUUAUGGCUUAGUUAAAGCUUUCAUGCAGCAACUCCCAUUAGACCUGUUGGGGAUAAGGCAUUACCGGAUUACCCUAAUGAUGCAGGUAACACUGUGAACACUACGGGAGCUUUUGUGCAGAUGAUUUAAAGUGUCCUUGUCUACUGUGAAGGUUUUUCAAUGUGUCCAAGGUAUUGACUGAAUAAGAGUGAAGAUUCAAAAUGGUGGACCAGCCACAUUAAACAGGGAUAUUAUAUGUAUGUGUGUAUAUAUGUAUGUAUGUGCUUGUGUGUGUUUGUUUCUAUGUCUAAGUUUGUGGAGAGGAAAAGUGUGCAUGUGUAUGUAUGCAGAGUACGGAAAAGGCGAUCAACAUAGUAUUUUGUCAUUUUUGACUUUAGCAUUUGUUUACAUCCUGCCUAUUCCUCUCAUGGAUGUGUAAAUUGUCUUCAGUCUGGUUCGAACUCAAAACUGUAAAGAACUGAAACAGUCAUCCUUGCUCUGGUUACUGUCUUUUACUACAGCAGCAUCUGUUGCUAAUGGACAUUUUGUACAUUUAGCUGAAUGCUGAACAUAUUUGUACAUAUCCUACCAAUAGUGUCAUGUUUUGUGCAUUUUUCUCUGAUUGAUACUUAAUUACAUCUGAAUGCUGAUGUAGUGUCAUCAUGAGUCUACUGGGUCUAUUUAUAUUUCAACAUUUUUGUUGUUUGAAAAUGACUACCAGAUGGAAGGUAUGAGCAGGAGAAGCCUUUGUUGCUUAUUAUUAUUAUUAUUAUUAUUAUUAUUAUUAUUAUUAUUAUUGCAUGUGUUUGUACAAAAUUAAGUAUGAUAAAGUGC